AUGGCAGAAACCUACCCCAUCGGCUCCCGGAGCGACUGCGAACGAAUGGUUCGAGAAUGGGGAUUCGGGCAUGUCUUCACCUGGUCUGAUGGAAGCAACUCCCACUACACACCACACUCUCACUGUGGCCUAACAACCCAUCUCAUUCGCCAAGGGACCCUGACAAUCACGUACCCCGAUGACAACGCCCAACUGCACAAUGGGGAGGUGAAGAAGGAGACAUUUGGCGUGGGUGCUCGAGUUGAUGUCCCCGCUGGGAAGCUACAUGAGGUUUGGAUUGGACCGGAGGGAUGUGAGUAUGUGAUUGGGGAGUGA